ACUCUGUAGACGGUCUCACCUCCCUGGGGAGGAUACAGCUCGACUGCCAUCUUAGGCGCUCAGAGCUAAUAUAUCAUUUCUGCACUGCCUGAUAUAUGUUGAAUAAGUUGACCAUGCUUUGAUUAUUUGCAUUAUGUGAUAGAAAUCCAAUGUGCAAAUUAUAAAAAAUUCACUGAUAAAACUGAUAGAAUACCCAUAUGAGAAAGAGAUUAAAUCGACAGUUUAAUAUUUGAAAAAAAGCUUCAUUGAAAAAGGUCAUAUUGAGUUAAAGCUGAAUAACUUUAGAAAAAAGUAUUAACAUGUGCGUAAAAUGUUACACUUUGUCCCUUAAAGUAAUCACAAUAAAGUUAGUUGUCUUUUGCCUAUUUUGUCAGUAAUAUUUUAAUAAAUAAGCAAAAAUUAUCAGCAAAGUGUAACAGAAGAAUGUAUACUACCACAUAGUGGACAACAUGUGCCCACUAUAAGUUGUGCUGCUAGACACUGAUGACAGACCAUAAAAUGUAUGUACAUUGUAUGCCCAGCAGUUAUACAUUGGCGUUUUAUUGAUGACUGUUGACUACAUUGAGCAACAUUCAUAAUGAUCCACUCUGCUUUCCAUAUGACAUGUAUGGUGACAGCUAACUUAACUUGUUACUUUGGUGCUGAUGGCUAGUUUUAUUCGUAUGAUACGAAAAAUUAACAAAUAUAAAAAAAUUGUGUUAGGUGUAAAAAAAAAAAAGGUAUACAAAUAUACAAAAUAAUACAAAAAUCAAUUUUGCUAUGUGGAAAUCUAAAUGAGACCAGCGUCAAAUUAAAUUUGAUAAGUGGGCACUUAAAUUCUCAAUUCAAUAAAUUUUUAUGAAAGAUUGUGUAUAGCAACAGCAGAACAGUAAACAGAUGCCCACCUAGUUUCAUUAACAUUUGGUCAGGUGAGAGAUUGUGUGACAGUUAUAUGUGGUUGGGGAAGCCAAGAGGGGUGGAAAUGUAGUUACCGUUUGCUUUCAGAGAGGUUGAAGUCACUAGAUGCUGCAGGUAGUUAAUGAGGUAAUACUGCUGCAGCUUCUAAGAACAUUUAACAUGGAUAUUGUUAAAUCAAUGUUUCUUGCACAGAUUUGCAGAUAUUGAUAGAGAAAAGAGUACAAGCCAGUAUGAUAGGUUUACUUUUAGUUAUUUUAGUACCUUAAGGUUUUAUCAUUAGUAAUGGGGGCAUUUGAAUUUACGUACACAGUCACAAAGAUUUUAUUUGAUAAAUGUGUUAUAUAAUAUUUUAUAUGUAACUUUCUUAUGCAGUAUUAGACAUUCUGCCCAUAUAAAUGUUAUUAAAAAAGCUACAAUAAGUAGUAUACUUUGUGUAGACAAAUAGUUUUGAAAGUUGUAGCAUAAAAAUUCAAAUUUAGGAACUGCAAAAAAAUUUUGAGAAUUUUUCAGUGUGAUAUACCUCUCCAUCUGUGACGAGACAUCCCUUAGCAGCAACUGUAGGCAGCAAGCUGUGUGUUGCUCUGGUAACAUAUGACCAGGUAGUGCCACACCUAUACACUGGCAAAGUAACUCACACUCAGUUCUAAGGUAUUGUGGAUAUUACAUACUCAAAAAGUACAGUAUGAUUAUCCUUCACAUGAAAUGCUUUGUGAUUUCAGGAGCAGCAACAGAGUGAAUUUGAAAGACAAGAAAAGGAGGAAGAAAGGCUGUCAGCGCAUGAAAGCAUAGUUGAAAGAGAAAUCCGUCUUCAGAGAGAGCGUGAAGAGAUCAUUGCUCGUGAGCGUGAGAGAGCUUACCAGCAGAAAAUAGAAGAGUCAAAAAAGAAAACAUCUCCUCCAACUUCUUCAGCACCACACAAGGAAAAGAGUCAGGCCGCCUCAGGUGGAUCUUUAAAGCUCCAUAUUAGUUCUCCAGUGGCAUCAACUACAAAACCAGCAGUGAAGACAUCCAGCGCUCCAAGUGGUGAAACAAUGGCCGAGGGAAAACAUUUUGCUCAUCCGGGGGAGAGUCGAAUUGCUCGGGAAUUACGAGAGCAACGUGAAAGAGAGGAAGAAAUACAGCGUCUUCGACGCCAAAUGUCUGGUUCACAAGGUAAAGCCAGUGACUGUGGUGACCAAGAUGAGGCUGACACCAAGUCUGUGGACGUGCCACAACAGCCUAGUGGGACUUGGCAGAAAGAGGUGAAACCAUUCAAAAGGGAAGGUUAUUCUUUCAGUGCCAACUCCACUGAUUCAGCCCAUAGCACUGGGACAAACACGAGCUACUCUGCCCUCCAUGCUUCUAGUGUUCAGAAUGAUACUGUGACUUCCCCACGCUCUCCCAAGGUGAAGCCGUUUCAAGAUGUUGAACCUCAAAACUCCUACAAGUAUGUCCCCCAGCCUGAAACCCCUAUUGAGAGGGACAUUAGGAUCGCAAGAGAGCGUGAAGAGGAAUUGCGAAAGACACAUACUUCACCCAAGCUUCCUCUACCAGCUGAGAGGGAGGUUGUGAUCAUAGAAAAAGAGGUGCCUCAGAAGACCCCAGAUCAUUCAGAUGGGCAUAAUGGAGUCACUUUAAGGACAAAGCCGAAAGGCAAUUCCACAAACACACAAGAAAAGUUUACUUUCAGGAAAUCUCAGAACUUGACGGAAAGUAAGAUUCAUCAAGAACUUGAGGAGAUGCAGCAGAGAGAGCAAGAGCUCAAGAAACUGAGACAAAGUACCAAGCAAGUGACUGACGGCUCUGCUAGUAAGAAACCCAUACGAGACAACCAUGUAGAAAGUCCACCUGCAAAGACAGUGGUGCCACCUGCAGCUGCAGUGCAGACAGAAGCAAGUGAAGGAAGUAACACAUUAAAACGGAGAAGCAGACUUGCUCAAGAAUGGGAAGAAAAAUUUGGAAAAUCUUAGCAUAACUGUCCAAGCAAAUGAAUUUUUUUCUGUCUGUAAACUUCAAAGCAGUUAGCAUUGCAUAUGAAAGAGGAACAAAAUUGUUUAAUACAUAAAUUACAAUUACUUCCAAAAAGUACAUAUAAAUUAUAUAUUUAUUGUAAUAGAAUGUGUGUACCUGAUAUCUGCGACAGAACAUUUUUAUAGGUCUUUGUAUCAGUUAUACUUAUCAAUAGCAUUAUUUGAGCAUGUGCUGUGUGGUGGUAGUUCUUGGUAAAGUACAGGUUUUUGUAAUCAAGAGAUAGUUCUUGGAAUUUUGGCUCUUAAAAAAAAGAAAUCCCUUGAAGUAAACAUUGCAGUAGCAUUUUUCAUGUAUAGACAUAACUACAGUGCUUGAAAUGGGUUAUUUUGCAGAUCCUAAUGAUGCAAUUCAAAUAUAUGAAAAUAAUUAUAAAUGUAAGACAUUCACUUGUUUUCUUAACUAGUCUUGUUAUCUUAUUCCCUCACUAUCAUUACUUGAGCACUGUUAUUUUGGCUUUGUAUAAAUGCUUUUUUAAUCAAAUUUACACUACUCUAGGCACAAAAAAUAAUAAUCAAUGUAGUUCAUUUCAUCCUUGUUCCUCCAACAUGUUCACUCAGUUUGGAAUUAUGAAGACCAAGCAAAGUCCUCAUUCUUUAUUUCUGCUUAGUCACAGUACAACACCACUGUGAUGUCGUUGAAAAGCAUAUAUGCUUUGUCCAGCAAACCUAAAUAAUUGAAUUUCAGAUUUUGAUACAUAAAGGGUAGCGUGAAGAUUGCUUUUAUUAAAAAGCAAUUCUUAAAAAUAAAAACUCUAAGAUCAGAUUUAACAUUUACAGUAGUUGAAGUGAAAGUUGUAACAGUUAUUUGUAUUAAGUAUUACCUUAUAAGCUAUGCACCAUGCCACUUCAGGUGCAUGGUCAUGUUAUAGGGGCCUACUUAUUUUUGAAAACUGUACUGGUCUAUUUAACAGCUUCAUGAUUAUAUAUAUAUAUAUAUAUAUUUAUGUACAAGUUUUGCGCCAGAUAAAUACGAAAUAACUCAUAUAUGUAGUAAAAAAUGAAAUAUUUCAUUUAUUACAUAUAGAUACUGUGGUGAUAGGGUUACAAUUUCACAUUUUAUUCCAUUUAAACCAGUAUUAAAGGUUUCACUGUAUUGAACACAAAAUGUAUGCAUUUAGUAUAUGAUGGCAAUAAGGUAAAUUUGCAGCAUCUAGGUCUAAACAUAAGUGAAUUUAUCAAUUUCCUGGUUGCAGUUUACGAACAAAGUAUGUUUUAUCAAAUAGUAGAAAUAAGAGUUUUAAACUCUAGAUGGGAUUCUGAAAACAGAUUAGAAAGCUGCACAAGUGAAAGUGAUGUUGCUAGUAUUUUGCAUGUCUUUUCUUUUCUCAGAGUUGAAUGAUUUGAUUAUCUAGUGACUUACUAGAUAUUAAAUCUGCAAAAGAUAUUGCAGGUCUUUUACAUUAUGGGAGUAUACUCCUCCCUCUUGCCAAAAGUAUUGUAGCACUCUGGUAUAAAACAUAUUGAGAGCAAUAUGUAUGGAAUAAUCAUCUUCACAUUAUUCAUAUGAAUAAAUUGAAUACA